AUUCCAUUUUUAAUCCCACUGAUUUCUGGGGGAUUACUGCGCCAAUCACGCCAAAGAGAAGGACCGAGUGGUUUGCAACGCAGAUCCACAUCAGCAUCCAGCCAGAACAUUUGAGGAUGAUUCCCCAUCCGCGGAGGAAAGUUGCUCCAUCUUUUUCGCUGAGAUCUUUGUGCGACUCUGGCAGAACAUUACGGAUAUGAGUGGGCUUUAUAGUUAAUGAGCAGCCAAUGGAGGAAGCGAAGCUAAAAGAGGAAAUUGAACCAGAACCCGGCUCCAGUCUAGCCCCCGUGCUCACUAUCAACUCCCCAGGAGCAACAAAGCCGGUUAACGAGGAGCAGGAUGUUCCCUUCAGGCUGAGCACCGUUGGAAAAAGUCCGGCAUCUCUGCCUUCCUGUCAAUCAGGCCCGGUGAGCAGCACCGAUGACGAGGAGGAGGAGGUGGAGAUGCAGGUCAGGUUGGAGAUCCACAGCCCUCCGGCGGAUGUAAAUCUGGCAGUGUUCCAUGCCCAAUCGGCAAAAGAAAAGCGUGCAGACGACAGUCUUACAUCUUCCACAACAGCAACAAGACGCUGGGCACCCCCAAAGGGCUUCUGGAGGGUUGCUCGCCCAGAGACUUUGCUUCUAAAUGGCGUGGACCCCCACAGUAUCCCCUCCGCUCUACAUUGUAAGGGCUACACUCAAACAGACCCUCAUCAGGAGCAUGGCGGGUCGUGCACUUCGGACGGCGCUUCCUUACAAGGCGGGGGUCUCACAGCUGAGGAGAGACUGAAAAUGCGGCAACGAGCUCAGGUGAAAUCUAACAGAAGAGGACAAGAAGAGUGCGGUGGACAAGCUGGUCAGGCCGGAGAUGCAACAACUGAUUAUAAAGAUGAAGGCGCCCACGGAGGAUUUGAGGACUCAGUCAUUCUUCAAGAACUUGUGCCCUACUUGAGUUCACUCCUUGUAAUCAACGAUGAACUUCCUCUGAGUCCAAGACACGAGCAAGCCAAGCGGCUCCUGGAGCGAGCACGUCUCAAAGCUCGCUCCAACCAGGUUAAAGGUGACCGCCCAUGCAGAAGAUCCAGUUCUGAUCACAGAUCCACUGUUAAAAAGCAGCAAGUGGAAUCUCACAAUCCGGCAUCGGCGCUGAAAUGUAUUCAAGUCAAAGACGAUCUGGCAUGUCAGAGUACGUCUGGUUCCCUCCUUGUCCCUGACCAAAAAGACACUUCCCCCGGAGAUCAGGCAGGUCGAUCCAGGCGGUAUGGCUGCUCACCCACACGGGUACGUUUUGAGGAUGAAUCAGAGAAAGAAGCAGAGUCACGCUACUUGGACAGAGUGAAACAGCGGGGUAGACCCGCGUUGCCCAAAUCCAAGAUUCGGGACAGCAAUACAGACUCUAGCAGUAGUGGUUCAGAGAAGAGCAGGAGCCACAGGAGUGUCUGUAUGCCUCCGUUACAGAAGAAAGACAAGGGUGUGAGUGUUGAUACCACCACAGUCAUUAAGGAGAUUAUUGUGCUGGUGAAGAAAUGUGAGGCGUGUGGCUCUGUCAUGAGGGAACCUCAGCCGGUCUCCUCACUCCCAGAUCCACAGACGACUGAGUCACAGCAGACUGGAUAUCUUGAAGACACAGGGGGUAAAACGGUUCCUUGCUGGGUGCCUCCCUCCAAACCGGAAGUCAUUGCCCGUCCUAAAGCUCCUCUAACCGUAACAUUUGCAGGAGCUUUUGUUCUUGGGGAGAGUAAAAGCAGCAUCGGUUGGAAAUCUUCAGGGUUUGGGAAGCUGAGGAGAAGGAGCAGGAAAGGAGAAAGUCGACUGGAGUCCGGUGGCCAUGGGCCUUAUGGUCCGUCGUGGGCUCAGAGGCGGGUCUCCAAUCCCAGGAAUAGAGUCAACUUGAGCAGAGCUGUUUCCUUCGCCCCAGACAGCCCCGUCACUCUGGAACCACGCUUGCUGGGGGCCUCUGUUGGACUGAGAGAAACACCUACUCUGCCUAUAAAGUCAGCUCUCAAGUCAAGCUCAAGGAACCGUUCUGCUGCGGGUCUGAUGACCUCAAAUCAGGGGGGUGAAGUCGGGCAUCAGCAUUCAGUCCUCUUAGACCCACCAGAGAUGAGAACGGAGUCAUUUACAUCUUCACCACAAGGGGCCCAUGCGACGAGCAAUCCAGCGCCCUGUAUAAGACCCUCCACGCUCAGGUACUCCCCGGCUCUGCCAGCUGCUGAUGUCUGGGAUGACCCGCUGGAUGGAGUAGUGAGCGCAGACACCGGCCCUGCCUCAGAGUUCCAUCCCGCCAGUCGCAACAUGGCCUUAUCUCGGGCCGAGGAUCUCAGAGCUGAGCUUCUGAGAGCGGAACAUCUUAGAGCUGAGGCCGCAUGGGAGGACACCUCUGAUGGGCCCAGGAAGAUGGAUGGGCGCCCAAAGCUUUUUCUUCGUCGCUUCUUUUCCUCCAUCGGUCUAAACAGCGUUGGGAGGCUUGUAAAAGGGGGCCGCUCCAGCAGCAUGGAGCAGCUCAGCAUCCCCACCACCAGGCCCAACACUUCUUCGCCGAGCCCCACACGCAGACCCCAGCCUGCCACCCGCAUGCAGAGGACGCCCUCGCUGCAGACCCUGCACACGGUGCUGCCAUUGGCCCAACUGCGGAAAGCCUCAUCUGUGCAGAGUUUGGAGAGGAGAACAGAGCGUGCAACCAUUCUGGGUGAGGUGCAGAUUCCUUAUGGGCUGGCACCGAGCCUGGACAGCCCCCAUGGCCAGCUCCAGCGGGCCCUCAGUGUUGAGGACAUUCUGGCCUCUCGAGUGGUCCGACCAGCUGGAAGGGUUUCUCAAGCGUUCCCGGAUGGCUCCCUCCUCCUGGAGCUAAUGAGACCCCCGAACGGUCCUUUUGGUUUCGUCAUCUCGAGGGGCAAAGGUCGACCUGAUACAGGUGUGUAUGUGGAGAAAGUGGGUGACGGUACUGGCGACGUUCCCUACGUGGGUCUCCUGGGCGUUGGUGAUGAAAUCUUAAAGGUGAAUGGGGAAGUGGUGGCAGGACUCAGUCUGGACCAAGUCACCCGACUCAUGACACGGGAAAGUGUUGCCUGCCUUCGGAUCAGGCCGGCCCGAUGCAGCAUACGUUGACUGGGAGGCUUAGAAAUAAAAACUAUGUUUUGUCAAUACUGGACACUCCUUGCUUUUCAGCAACCAUUUUACUGCAGCAAAUAACUCUUUCCAGCAGUGCUAGUCAACUGGCAGCCCGGGAGCCACAUCCGGCCUGGGCUUGACACCAGACUAGUUCCCGGGUUCAGUUCAAAACUUGGGGACAAACAUUUUUGCAGCAGUACUCUUGUUGUAUAGAACAGUGGUCCUCAACCUUUUUUAAGUGAUGUACCCCUUGUGAACAUUUUUUUUAAUUCAAGUACCCCCUAAUCAGAGAAAAACAUUUUUGGUUGAAAAAAAGAGAUAAAGAAGUAAAAUACAGCACUAUGUCGUCAGAUUCUGAUUUAUUAAAUUGUAUAACUGUUGAGGCACAUCCGCAGUCUGCGUCUCCCUCCGCUGCGGGACCACCCAGAGGACCCGCUGACAGCACACCCGGACACGCCCCCGCUCAUGCCGAGCGCAGCACGCCCACGCAGCGACAAGCCUGCACUCAUUUAUCAAUCUGCUCACCUGGUUCUUAUGAGGGCAAGAUCAAUAAAGGACCAGUGGACCCAAGGAUCAGCGCGGGAACUUAGUUCUCAUAUCGGAUACUUACCCUCCGUCGCCUGCAAAGUGAGCUGUGUGUCUCACUUUUCCCGGAUCUCCUUCUUUCUCUGACUGCCUCCUUCUUUCCUCGACUCCUCGCUCGCCCCCGGACAACGACGACUCGCUCCUGCAUUUCGACCCCGCUUUCGCCCCUGAACAAUCCUGCCUGCCUCGCCCUUGUCUGACAGCACCGCGUCUCCAACACUUAUGGUAAAACGCUCCAAUUAAAUACUUCACAUAGUCUUACACCAUACACACUCUUGAGUUUUUUACACACACCAU